CAAAUUUGAGUUUAUUUUAAAGGAAGAAUUUGUGGUCCGAAUUGAAAGUGAAAAUGAUAACCCUAACACUAUUGACGAUAUCCCUCCAUGCCGCAUUGUCUGAGGUACCUCCAUACAGUUCCAAACCAUUUCGACCAAGUCAGCCAUAUCCUCUGAUCGAUCGAAUACAAUCACCAAUUCCCGCCAAACAGUAUGGUCCACCUAAGCCAGUAUACGGAGUUCCCAGCAGGCCUGAUGAUACCAUUGAACCUACGACUCCAGCAAAUAACUUCAAGGGUGCACCUUCGAAAUUUAAUAGUCAAAAUUUUCAACUUGGACAAAUUCAAAGUUUACCCCAAAAGGACCAUAGGGGGACCACUAUAAUCUUCCCUUCACAGCAGAUGAGUGCUCAGCAAUUCAAUCAACUUUCGCAACAGCAGCUGCCUGGAUUUAAUAAACAACUGUUUCGUCCUCAACAGAAACUCCAGAUGUUUACUUCGACGAAUUCACUUCAAGGCCAAUUACUUCCGAAUCCAGUCCAAACUCAUACUUUCAACAAGAAUAAAGUUGCCGCACAGUUUAUUCAAGUUCCUCAAAAUUUUCAACAAUUGCCAUUUAGAAACUUCAAUUUCGAAAUACAAAAAUCGCAGGAAUUUCAAUUGAGAGACGCUGCACCUACACGUAGUCCACCUAGCAAUGUUAAUUUCAACAACCAAAACACGAUCAAUGUUCAAACUCCGUCACUAUUCAACAUCAAUACGAAUACGUCGCCGAAGCAAAAGACUGGACGAAAUAACCAAAAGUUACAACGGAACCCUGAUUCAAGGAUUUCUGAUGAAAAUAUGCAAAUAGAGUUCCUCGAUAAAAAUAAGUUUUCCAAUGAUGGAAUACUUGCAGCUAAACGAGCUUCGAGUUCAAGAAGAGGUGGAAGGGUCACUGCUGCACCAUCAAGGCAAUAUUUGAGUCCAGUACCAACAACAUCUGAACCUGUAGCACCACCAACCAUCAGAAGACGACCUCCAACAACUCAAGCAACAGAAACUGAAAAUAAUCCAGUAGCGAGAGGACCGAAUGUAUCGAUUUCCAAUUCGUUUGCUGGCAGACUGUUUUUACUUCGGCCAGAUGGCCGUCUAGAGCCCGUCAUUUUGAAAAGAGCUAAUCCAAAUGAAUCCGACAUGGUUGAUAGAAAUAAUAUUACUCCUGCAGAACUGAUACAACCUUUGUUCAAUCCUUUAUCGAUCCCGAAAUGAUGAACUUGUAGUUCAGUCUUCUCGACUUUGUAAAUAAAAUUCUGAACAAAA